UUUUCUGUUACUUUUCAGUGAUUGGAAAAAAAAAUAGUAUCAAAUACUCCAAUAUAUUGCAUAACUGAAUUGAGCAAGUGUCUUGGCAGGCUUGCCAUAGUCCUGUUCAUUUGCAUAUCAUAUGCCUUUGUGAGCAUGGAGACUAGUGACCCACAGCCAAAUGCUGGUCAAGCAAAUGAACCUGUUAUUGACACUUUGGAGAAUGAGAAGACAGCUGAAGUGCAGACUUCUGGUGUGCUGAGAAUCAAGGAAAGGUUCAUACUGACUGCUGUGAAGCGUGUGAUUCAGCCUCAGUUUCUGGCUGAGGAGGAUAAGGAUAAACUGACCACUGAAGAUGAGUACCUACCACCAGAUAAGAAAGUCAAGCUUUCAAAAUCUGAGAAGAAAAAGCUUUCUGGGAGGAACAAGAAGCGCCCAAGAAUCAUAAAAGUGCCUCGUUCAGAGAAGCUGUGUCCAUUUCUGAAGGAUAUAACUGCUGGUGAAGAUGCAGCCAAGAAAUGUCAAUAUCCUGGUUGUUCCUUUCUUCAUGAUGUGGAUGCUUACUUGCAAAGGAAGCCUGCAAAUAUUGGAGGGACUUGUUAUAACUUUGAGACUUUUGGAAAAUGCUCCAGUGGAUUGACAUGCAGGUUUGGGUCCUCUCACAUCUCAGAAAAGAACUAUAAUGUGGUGAAUCCUGAAAUGUGGGAGAAGCAUUCUGAGGUGCAGCAUUAUUCAAAUUCCCUGGCAAAGGAAGUCCAACAUUCUCUCUGGAAGCACAAGUAUAACUUUGAAAAAUCUGAGGAGGCCCUCAGGCAAGUGACUCAAGCUAAGAUUGAAGCUAAUGAAGUGAAAUCAGGAGCCAUUGGCCCUGUCAUUGAUAGUAUGGAUCGAGAGAAAAGGGUUGAUUGGAAAGGGAAGCUAUAUCUUGCUCCCCUGACAACUGUUGGAAAUCUGCCCUUCCGAAGAAUCUGCAAAAAGUUUGGAGCUGAUAUCACAUGUGGUGAGAUGGCUGUUGCUGCCAACAUCCUCCAGGGAAAGAAAGAAGAAUGGGCUCUCCUUCGGCGCCAUGAAUCUGAGGACAUCUUUGGUGUUCAGGCAAGUUCAUCAUUACCUGGUACCUCUAGAUUUUUGCUGGUGCUGUUGUGUGGAAACAAUGCCAAAGUCAUGACACGCUGUGCCCAAGUAAUUCAAGAACAAACAGAGGUUGACUUUGUUGAUAUCAAUAUGGGCUGCCCCAUCGACCUCAUCUACCGGCAGGGGGGAGGAAGUGCCCUGCUAAGAAGACAUUCCAUGCUGGAAACUAUGUGCAAGAGCAUGAAACAAGUCCUUGAGGUUCCUCUGACACUCAAGAUGCGAACUGCAAUCUAUCAAGGAAAAAAUGUUGCUCACAACCUCAUUCCCAAAGCAGUCACUUGGGGAGUGGAUGCUAUCACUCUUCAUGGACGAUCCAAAGAGCAGAGAUACACGAAACUAGCUGACUGGGCCUACAUUGAGGAGUGUGCCAAACUUGCAGCACCAAUCCCUCUCAUUGGGAAUGGGGAUAUCCUAUCAUCAGAGGAUGCCUGGAGUCAUCUUGAGAACUCCUCUGUUGCUGGUUUAAUGAUAGCCCGUGGGGCCCUCAUCAAACCCUGGAUCUUCACUGAGAUCAAGGAGAGAAGAGACUGGGAUAUCUCUUCCCAUGAGAGAUUGGAUAUCCUCCAGGAAUAUGUCAACUUUGGUCUGGAACAUUGGGGCAGUGACACAGAGGGAGUGGAAAAGACAAGGAGGUUCCUGCUAGAAUGGCUGUCAUUUCUACAUCGAUAUGUACCAGUUGGCAUUCUGGAGCGUCCACCUCAGCACAUUAAUGCACGACCACCCCCCUACCAAGGCCGUGAUGAACUGGAAACACUGUUCUCCAGCCCAAGCUGUGCAGCUUGGAUCAAGAUCACUGAAAUGCUCCUAGGACCUGUACAAUCAGAUUUUCAAUUCUUACCCAAGCACAAAGCCAAUGCUUGGGGAUAGUGUUACUGCCAUGACUGUUCCCAUUCAGUCCUGUUGAUCUACAGUGUUGAUGUUUGUUGACAGUUGAAUGAAGAUGGCAUUGCCUGC